UUGACAGGCUUUUGUAAAAGCAAAAGACCGGGAGAGAUCUCCAAAGACGAGCGCUAUUUAGUAUUUUGAAAUCAUCAAAUCCCCUAUCCAUUGACAAAAAAUCUCUUCUCUCCACUUGAAAAUGAAACUUUUGCCCAUUUGCACUUGGCUCCUAUGCCUUUUGCUUUUUAUCGUGUGCUUGGGAUCUGAGUGUGGGACUCCACGGCGAAUUGUAAGGUCUAAAAGAGACUUGGUACGCAUCAGGGAAGCCAGAAGUACCUUCCCAGGACCUUGUGCCACACGCCUGCCUCGGGGCAAACGCUCACUUCCCGGGUUAUUCUUAUGGGGAUGGAGUAGCAUAGGUCUCUAUGAUAAAUGCUUCUACGCAUCCAGCGAUAGAGGAUGGUUACUUGGCAUCAAAGCGGUCAGCGACCAAGCCAACCGUGACCCUCGUGUCUUCUUCUCCCUCAAGACAGACAGAGCCCACAAGCUCACCACAAUCACCUCCAAUGCACCCUACACUCCCAAUCAAUGGUCACACGUGGCCGUCACCUACAACGGUCUCUUUAUGAAGCUGUAUGUAAACGGGGCGCAGGUUGCUGUAAGUCGAGAUCAAUCCGGUGAGAUUUUUAGCCCCCUUACCAAGAAGUGCAAAGUGCUCAUGAUCGGUGGCAAUGCAUUAAACCACAACUACAGGGGAACAAUGGAACACUUGAGCUUGUGGCAUCGGGCUCUGAGCCAACGUGAGAUCAUUAGAUACAUGGGUCUCAGUUUGGGUCAGUUUGGUGACCUCUCUCAGCUGGUCGUCCAUGAGAACUUCGAGAGCAUGUCAAGACGGUGGCUGACGGUGAAAGAUGGCAGUUUCCCCCGGUUGGAGGACUCAGACCGGAGCCUGGCGGCUGUCCUCAGUGAUGCUGCACUGAAACCUCCACCUUGCGGACAGACUGUGUGUGACAAUGUGGAGGUGAUUACAAACUACUACCAGCUCUGGAGCUUCCGCAAACCCAAGACGGUGCGCUACCGAGUGAUAAACGUUUACGACGAUGACGGACGGUGGCCGACGAUUACAGACCACCAGAUCAACCUUCAGCACCAGCACUUGAACAAUGCUUUCCGUGUCUACAACAUCUCCUGGGAGCGCACCAUUCACAACGUAUACAACUCGUCCUUACGUAACCGCCUAAUACUGGCCAACUGUGAUAUCAGCAAAGUGGGCGAUGAAGAGUGCGAUCCAGAAUGUAACCACACUCUUACUGGCUUUGACGCCGGAUACUGUAAGAGGCAGGGCGCACGCUGCCCCGAAUACAAGCAGGGGAACGGGGUUUGUGACCCAGAGUGUAACUGGGACAAUUUCUAUUACGAUCAUGGGGACUGCUGCAACCCCAACAUCACUGAUGUCACCAAGACCUGCUUUAAUCCUGCAUCACCCCACAGGGCUUACAUGAACGUGAAAGAGCUGAAAGAGGUUUUGAAUUUGGAUGGAUCCACGCACUUGAACAUCUUCUUUGCUAACUCAUCUGAUGAAGACGUGGCUGGUGUGGGCACUUGGCCCUGGGAUAAAGAAGCUUUGACACAUUUAGGUGGGAUUGUAUUAAACCCUUUAUUUUAUGGUACAUUUGGCCACACUCACACCAUGAUCCAUGAGAUUGGCCACAGCCUUGGACUAUACCAUGUCUUCAGGGGAAUCUCAGAGGUGGAGUCCUGUAACGAUGCCUGCUUAGAGACUGAGCCGUCUCUUGAGACGGGGGAUCUGUGUGUAGAUACAAAUCCCACACCCAAGUACAAGUACUGCAGAGAUCCUGAGUCAGGCAACGACACCUGCGGCAGACGUCAUUUCACAAACACCCCCUUCAACAAUUACAUGAGCUAUGCUGAUGAUGACUGCACAGAUUCCUUCACGCUGAACCAGGUGGCCCGGAUGCACUGUUACCUGGAUCUGAUCUACCAAUCUUGGAGACCUGGCAGUAAACCAGCUCCUGUUCCUCUACCUCCUCGAGUAACAGCGCAGGACCAAGACUCUACUACACUAGAGUGGUUCCCUGCCCUCACCGGCCAUUACUUAGACAGAGAAGUGGGAUCAGUUUGUGACAGAUGUACUGAAGUUGGGGUGCUCCUACAGUAUGCCUCGAACUCUUCUUCUCCCAGACCCUGCUCUCCCUCCGGCCACUGGAGUCCUCGUGAAGCAGAAGGUCCACCAGAUGUAGAGCAGGCCUGUGAAGCGAGCGUCAGCACUUGGAGCCCCAACGCCGGCCUAGACUCGAGUAGUGUUGGCUCAGCAUCUUGCCCACCCCAGGGCUGUAUGCUGCAGCUCGAGUUUGCCUAUCCGCUGGUGCCUGACUCCCUCACUGUUUGGGUCACCUUCUUCUCUCCGGAGGAGACUGGACUGCCUGCAAUCCACGACAUCCUUCUGCUGACCCUCAGUGGUAACAACAUCUCGCUGGGUCCACAGUAUGUGUUCUGUGACACACCGUUGACACUUAAGCUAGAUGUGAAGGAGGAGGUGUAUGGGGUGCAGUUCUUCACCAUGGAGCAGCACUUGGAAAUCGAUGCCACAUUGCUUGCCUCAAAGCCAGACAAUCCUCUGUGCCGGUCGAGUCAUCCUCUACGCUAUAGACUGGUUCGACAGCCACCAUUCACACAUUCACCAUAUGGGCUGAUCCUUCAGGAACCCACUCUGAGAUAUGUGGACAGGGACUUAAAGCCUGAUGAGACGUACACCUACCACGUGCUGACAGUGUCUAAAAGAGCGGAGAGUGAACCAUCUCCUCCUCUCUUUCACCAGCUGGGCUCACCCUACUGUGGAGAUGGACUCAUCCAAAAAUAUCUUGGAGAGCAAUGUGAUGACAUGAACUUCGCUAAUGGAGAUGGCUGCUCAAACCAGUGCAAGAAAGAGCUGUUGUUCAACUGUGUUGAUGAGCCCAGCUUAUGUUACUUCUACGAUGGUGAUGGUGUGUGUGAGGACUUUGAGCGGGAGGUGAGCGUAAGGGACUGUGGUCUCUAUACUCCGAGCGGCUUCCUGGAUCAGUGGGCCACUGCGGUGGAGGUGUCCAAUGAGGAGAAGAUACUCUGUCCAGCGGAGGUGGCUGUUGGAUAUCCUGCAGUGACAAAGAGCUGUCAGUCGAAGGUGUUUGACCUGUCACAUGGCGUGUCUCAGUACGCUUGGUUUCCCUGUGAGGAGUCUCAGCAGCACAGCUGGAUUUCACAAUAUUGGUUGAAGGCCUAUUACGCCCAUCCUAUGGUGGCUGCCGCGGUCAUUAUCCACCUGGCUGCAGACGGAACAGCCGACAUCGACCAGAGACAACACAACAUUACUAUUCAGCUGGUGGACACUAAGGAGCAAACCCACCCUCUCGGGGACUGGAGGCUGAGCUGCCGGAACAAUCCACUGGUGAUUCCUGUGAGUCAUGACCUGAGCGUGGCUUUCUACCGGACAAAAGCCAUUAUAGUGAGCUUCAGCUCUCCUCUGGUGGCCAUCUCAGGUGUUGGGCUGCGCUCCUUUCAAUAUUUUGACCCCAUCACUAUCAGCGGAUGCCAGAGCAAUGAAAUCUAUAACCCCAUGGGCCAAAGCCAGUGCCGGCUAAUAAACCUCGUGUCUAAGCUGCCAUUGAGCUUUGAAAUGGCUUUGAGAGAGCCAGAGAUGUCUGGGCAGGGAAAUCUGGACUCUAAGCCCACCUAUGGCCCGUGUCCAAGCCACUGGUCUGAAUCCAUGGUGACCCUCACCUGCGCGGAUGGGAAAUGGAACAAGCAGGUGACCUGUGAACCUGUGGACUGCGGGCGGCCUGACAAGUACCACGUGCACCCGGCUAUCUUUGAGUUCUCUGAAGGAACCACCUACGGCAAGAAGUGCACUUUUCAGUGCCGGGAGCCGGCUCAGUUAGUGGGAAGUAAUAACGUGCUGACGUGUAUGGAGGAUGGCAUGUGGUCCUUCCCCGAGGCUCUGUGUGAGCUGCGCUGUCCGGUCCCUCCUCCUGUACCCAACGCUGUCCUGCAGACCAAACGCUGCAAUGCCACAGGCCUCAAAGUUGGGUCUUUCUGCAAGUACAAGUGCAAGCCUGGCUACCAUGUGCCCCACAUAGACAAGCCCAAGAGGGCAGUGCCUGUGAUGUACCACAGGCGUGCGUUUAAGCGGCAGUGUACGGAGGAUGGAACCUGGCAGUCGGGUGAGUGUGUGGCAGUCACAUGUGAGCCGCCUCCUCCCAUUUUCCACGGUACCUACAAGUGCACAAAUGGCUUUCAGUUCAACAGCGACUGCUGGAUCGACUGCAACAGGGCUAACCACACGGGUCCUUCCACCAACGUGAUCCGCUGCAGAAAGGACGGGAACUGGACCGGUUCUUUCCGUCUUUGCCCCAACCUGACAGGCCAGUGUUCCCUUCCACAAAAUCUCAGCCCAACUAUCCAUCUCAACUGCAAGGACGGACACGGCAUAGGAAAGGAGUGUGAGGUGGCGUGUAGAGAUGCUAGCAGCAGUGUGGUCCUCCUGCCCAGCAACACGAGCGUUGCAGCUGUGAUGAAAGACCACUGGUGGAACCCACCCAAAGUUAAGAAUAUUGUGUGCACCAUGGGACUAAAGUGGUAUCCUAACCCAGAGGCCCUCCACUGUAUUAAGGGAUGCGAGCCGUUCAUGGGUGAUAAUUACUGCGACGCCAUCAACAACCGAGCGUUCUGCAACUACGAUGGUGGAGACUGCUGCCAUUCUACUGUUAAAACCAAAAAGGUGAUUCCAUUCCCUAUGUCAUGUGACAUUCGAGAAGACUGUGCGUGUCGGGACCCUGACGCCCAGGAGAACAACAAAGGAGUCCGCCACCGGUCCAUUGGCUGAGCUUGAUACCCCCUGUGGCACCCAGGGGGCCUGCUGGGAAACCAUUCUUCUCUACAUGCUGCUUAUAAGAGGGCCUUUCCACUCACACCGCACUCCAACAUGCCCUCGUUUCCUCAUCAAACAGCAACAACUUAAGAGGGUAUGACACUCAAAAACAAACAACCAAUCAAACACAUCAACAACAGGUUUCGCAAAGGACAAGAAGUGGAAGUUUUAUGAAUGACUUAUGGCAAUAGCAACCAUAGAUGUCAUCAAACUAAAGCUCAAACAAGCCUGGGCUGACAGUUUUGUUGUUUUAUGUUUGCUUUCAUUGAUCAUUAUUUGUAAAACGCAACCAUGGUAAUGUUGUUUUUAUGUAAAGCCUGAGGAAGAAGGGGGGGAAAGGGAAAAAUGCAGCUGUUAAUGUUUGCCUGUAGUCAGAAAAUGGGAUGAUUCCAAUCGAGUCAAAUCAAGAGCUCCAAACUAAAGCGAAUCGAUGAAUGAGAGGACCUCUGAUGUUUUCGUGAUUCCCCUUAACGCCUGACCUCCGAGACUGUCUCGAUGACAGUUUAGCCAUUCACUGUGUCCUCGCAUAUCAAGUGUUCUCCGCGUUUUUAUAUUUAUCAAUUCAACUAUCAAAGAGGAAAUACCUAGAAAUGGACCUUAAUAUCAAAUCCAAAUUUGUGUCACACGAAUGGCUUGCACUCCUCUGAAUGUUUGAGCUGCUCUUACUCACUACGAACAAAAAAAUAUCUGGCUGCCGACCUCAGAGCCUGUAUGAAACAUCGAGGGAUGAUGGGAACGUUUCACAAUGCAUAGGAAGAUGUACGAGUGCAGCUGCUGUGGCCCUAAAUCACCAAAUCCUGUAUAUCAGCAAGAAAUGCACAAAUCUGAUGCCGAAAAAUCAUCAGAGGAGGUGUUGAUCCAGUGAGUUACAUCCAGAGAGAGGGAGAGAGAGCUUGUGAAAGAAGUUGUGUUAGCACAGCUGUUGCUGCUAGUUUUGCUGCUGUGGCCAUGCAGCCAAUUCUGUCUAUGGAGAGUUUGUAGUUUAAUGCAAGUCUGCCAUAGAUUUUACCUCUGGUCAAAAUGCAGUUAUAUCAGCUUUACAUGAAAUAUAUAAAUAUUCAUAUAUAUGCAAACAGCUUUAUACAUGUAGAUUUACUAACAGGUUCCCCUCCCCUUCCCUAGGGCUGUCAAAGUUCACACAAUAAUUGACAUAAUGGUUUCAUUCUGUUCUGUGUGAUUUUCUAACAACUGAUCUGAGCUGAACAUUAGGAGCUAAUUGGAAUGGAUCAUGCAGCCGUGUUUCUAUCAGUAAACGAAGAA